GGCAGGUUCAUGGAGACAAUGUACAAUGCUUUUUGGGACCAUCUGAAGGAGCAACUAUUGAGUACUCCCCCUGACUUCACCUGUGCUCUUGAACUUUUAAAAGAAGUUAAGGAGAUCUUGUUAUCACUGCUAUUACCACACCAGAACCGCUUAAGAAAUGAGAUUGAAGAUGCUCUGGACAUGGAUCUCCUUAAGCAGGAAUCAGAACAUGGGGCCCUGGAUGUCCCUCAUCUCUCUAACUACAUUCUCAAUUUGAUGACCCUCCUAUGUGCACCAGUCCGCGAUGAAGCUGUGCAGAAACUAGAAAGCAUGACAGAUCCUGUGCAGUUACUAAAGGGUAUCUUCCAUGUUCUGGGCCUGAUGAAAAUGGACAUGGUGAACUAUACUAUCCAGAGCCUUCGACCCUACCUGCAGGAAUAUUCUGUCCAGUAUGAACAAGCUAAAUUUCAGGAACUCCUUGAUAAGCAGCCUGGUCUCCUUGAUUGCACCACGAAAUGGCUAACCAAAGCAGCAACAGACCUCACUUCAUCAUCUCCAAGUUCUCUUGGCUCUCCCAGCACCUCCAGUUUGGAUCAUUCACCUCCAAAUUGGGCAACUAACAACUCAGAAAUCCCCAAUCCCACAAUGGUGCUAUACCAGGGUUACCUGAAUCUUCUUCUUUGGGAUCCUGACAAUGAUGAUUUCCCUGAGACUCUCCUGAUGGAUAGAAUACGGCUACAGGAGAUGGAGUCCCAGUUGUACCAGUUAACCAUCCUGGCCUCCAUCUUGCUAGUAGCCAGAAGUUUCUCUGGUAAUGUUUUAUUCAGCUCACCUGAAUUUGUGAAUAAACUGAAAUGCAUAACCAAGUCCCUGACAAAAGAAUUUAACUCCAGGCCUCAAGAGACUAUGGUGAGUGUGAGUGAACAACUGUCCUGGGAAAUCCAUCAAGGACUCAAAGACAUGGACCUUACUGCCCUGAGCAGUGAAAACACAUCAUCUCUUAAAGGCCAACUCCAGAAUAUUGCCAAGAAAGAGAACUGUGUUCGUAACAUCAUUGAUCAGCGAAUCCGUUUGUUUCUCAAAUGUUGCUUGGUUCGUGGCAUGCAAGAGUCUUUGCGAGACUUCCCUGGAGGCCUUAGUCUCAUUGAAGGAGAACUGGCUGAACUAGGCUGGAAGUUUUUCAAUUUGAUGCAUCACAAUCAACAGGUAUUUAGCCCCUACUAUGCUGGAAUCCUGAGAAAUAUCAUCCCUCCAGCCCAGGCACAAGAAACAGAAAUGGAGUCUGUCUGA